CGCCUUCCCGGAUAUUUUGGAGCCAUCCCGAGCCAGCGCCAGGAAAAUCAAGAGGUUUUCGGGACGAGCGACGUUUUUGCGGCGUCUCCUCCUCCCCCGGAGCCGCCCGUGACUCAUCUUCCUCCGGCUCGGGGAAGGAGCCGCGGCCACGGCGGGACGCGAAAAUCCCGGGAAAUUGCGGUUAAAGCCAAGGAAAAGGGGGAGAAAAAAUCCCGGGAAACCGAGGGCAGCGAAAAUCCGGGGAGGUGUUGGGAAAAGCGAGCCAUGGAUCCGGGCGCUUCCAGCACCUCCCUGGCGGAUCCGGGCGGAGAUUCCGAGCGGAACCUUCCCAGGAUCUGCGGGGUUUGCGGGGACAGAGCCACCGGCUUCCACUUCAACGCCAUGACCUGCGAGGGCUGCAAGGGCUUCUUCCGGAGGAGCAUGAAGAGGAAAGCCAUGUUCACCUGCCCCUUCAACGGGGACUGCCACAUCACCAAGGACAACCGGCGGCACUGCCAGGCCUGCCGCCUCAAGCGCUGCGUGGACAUCGGGAUGAUGAAGGAAUUCAUCCUGACGGACGAGGAGGUGCAGAGGAAGCGGGAGAUGAUCCUGAAGAGGAAGGAGGAGGAAGCGCUGAGGGAAAGCCUCAAACCCAAACUCUCAGAGGAGCAGCAGAAAGUCAUCGACGUCCUGCUCGAGGCCCAUCGCAAAACCUACGACCCCACCUACGCCGACUUCACCAAAUUUCGGCCCCCUGUGAGGAGCCACCCCAGCAGCAGAGGGGCCACAAAAACCUCGUCCCUGCUCACCCAGGACCUGUCCUCGGAGGAUUCCUCGGAUCUCUUCGGCUCCGAGGUCUUCAGCACGUUCCCAGAUUCCGUGGAGCCGCCGCCGUUCCCCGGCCUGGCGCUGCCGGAGGAGCAGGACGAGAGCUCCUCCAUGAACCUGGAGUUCUCGCAGCUCUCCAUGCUCCCACACCUGGCUGACCUGGUCAGCUACAGCAUCCAGAAGGUCGUCGGCUUUGCCAAGAUGAUCCCGGGCUUCAGGGAUCUGUCCGCAGAGGACCAGAUCGUGCUGCUCAAGUGCAGCGCCAUGGAGGUGAUCAUGCUGCGCUCCAACCAGUCCUUCACCCUCGAGGACAUGUCCUGGACCUGCGGCAGCAGCGACUUCAAGUACAGGGUCAGCGAUGUCACCCAAGCCGGGCACAGCAUGGACCUGCUGGAGCCGCUGGUGAAAUUCCAGGUGGGGCUGAAGAAGCUGAACCUGCACGAGGAGGAGCACGUGCUGCUCAUGGCCAUCUGCAUCCUGUCCCCAGACCGGCCGGGCGUGCGGGAGCCGCUGCGGGUGGAAGCGCUGCAGGAGCGGCUCUCGGAGGUGCUGCAGAGCUACAUCCGAGCCCGGCACCCCCCGCCCGGCAGCCGCCUGCUCUACGCCAAGAUGAUCCAGAAGCUGGCGGACCUGCGCAGCCUGAACGAGGAGCACUCGCGGCAGUACCGCUGUCUGUCCUUCCAGCCCGAGCACAGCAUGCAGCUGACGCCGCUGCUGCUCGAGGUGUUCGGCAACGAGAUCUCCUGAAGGGCACCGGCCCCGCGAGAAGGGAGCGCCCCGGCUCCUGCCGGGGUUUGGAGUUUUGGCUGCUCGGGUUUUUUUUCCCCCCCCAUUCCAGGAGCUGGUGCAUCCCUCUCCGUGCCUCCAAAUCCCUUCUUUUUUUUUUUUUUUUUUUUUUUUUUUUUUUUUUUUUUUUUUUUCCGGACGGGAGAUGAAGUCAGGGUGCCGCUGUGCCGUGCUCUGCUUCCCCCCGCCCCGAAAUCCCACAGCAGCCGGGGGCUCGGGGACCCCAAAUGGCGGCCAGCAGGUGCCGUGGGUGAUGUUCCCGUGUGCCGGAGGCAGCCGAGAAAGCCCCGAGAGAGGGGAGAUUUUGUCCUCGACCCUCCACGGGAAGAGCAGGACGAGCUUUGUUUGCACUUUGGGGAAGGGGGGAGCGGGGGGAUCUCCAGGAGACGCCCCCGCUUUGGAGCCGGGCCCCUCUGGGGGAUGGUGAUGACCCCUGGGAUGGGGCGGGGACCCCAAUUCCAGCUUGGCUCCCUCCCCCUGCCAUGGGCUGGAGGCGGCUCAAGGCCUUUGUUCCCACCCGGAGCAAACCCUGGGAAGGGGGAUUUGGGAGCUGGGGGCUCCGGAUCCCUGGGAGGGGCCAUCACAGCCCCCCUGGGCCCUGACCGAUGGCCGGAGGGUCCCUGGCUCUGGCCAAUAAACUCCUGCUUGGGCAAAUCCA